AUGAGACGAGUACAGCAGCUGCCCCAUUUGGGGCUCCUAUUGUUUUUCCUUAUUUCAAGCCAGCGAUGCAAAACCUCUGAGGUAUAUGAACAAAAUCAACUCCAGGAUCUAAGCUCCCUGUUAAACACACUGGUCCAUUCACAUUAUACCAAUGGAGUCCAAGCUGCCAGUGCUCUGCUGUCCCUGAGACUGGUUGGAAUCCAGAGGCAACAACUACAGCAAAAGCUGACCCAGGAAGUCAUUGAAGAUGUGCGAAGCAAAGGGCCAGAUUUGAGUUCUGGACAACUUGCCUGGACUAUAAUGGCUUUGGGAGCAUGUCGUAAUCCUGAUGAAAGUUUUAUACGUGAUUUUCAUCUGGUUCAGCAUCUAGAAGAGAAAUUCCAAGAAGAAAUUAGAAAUAUGGAAACACACAACGGCAAUCCACUCACUAACUACUACCAGCUCAGCCAGGAUGUUUUGGCCUUGUGUCUGUUCAGUGGGAACUACUUAACUACUGAAAUUGCUCAUUUCUUCACUCCUGAAAACAAGAACUACUACUUUGGUGGCCAGUUCUCCGUAGAUACUGGUGCAAUGGCUGUCUUAGCUCUAACCUGUGUGAAGAGGAGUAUAAUAAACCAGCAGAUCAAAACAGAUCAAAGUGUGACCCAGAGUAUUGACAGUCAUAUAGGGAUACUGGUUAAAAAAAUUCUGUCUGAGAAAAAAAACAACGAUCUUCUUGGAAAUAUAUAUAGUACAGGAGAAGCCGUACAGGCUCUCCUUGUCUCAUCAAGCUAUUACAAAGAAAAUGAAUGGAAUUACCAGAGGACUCUGGAUGCAGUACACAAGGAAAUUUCUCAGGGAGCGUUCAAGAUACCAAUGGCUGCAGCCCAGAUCCUGCCUGCCCUGAUGGGAAAGACCUAUUUGGAUGUGAACAAAGAUUCUCCCUGUCCAGGUACAAGUAGUAAUCUCAAUGUCUCCAUUCCUGAGUCUGGACCGGUGAGCCCUCCCCCUCCUUCCUCACUUAUCACUGUCCACUACUCUGUAAAAGUCAACAAGACGGAUUCCACCACCGUCACUGUGCGGAAUGGGUCUGUCUUCCUGGAUGUGAUGGAGAAAGCGCAGGAGCACAACAAGACGAUAUUUGGCUUCACAAUGAAGGAGACUUCAUGGGGCCCGUAUAUCACCUCCGUGCAGGGCCUAAAGGCCAACAGUAAUGAGAGAACCUACUGGGAAAUUCUGAGUGGAGGCAUACCACUGAGCCAAGGAGUUGGUAGUUAUGUUGUCCAUGAUGGAGAAUAUUUGGAGAUUCGUUGGAGCAAAUACUAA